AUGACAGAUUUCUUGAUUUCUGCUUCAGCCUGCAGGUCCUCCAAUCAAAAGAAGGAAAGUGUUCUCCGCAGGCCUCUUCGUGCUACCACUUUGGAUAGCAAUGUGAGUAAGAAUGGACAUGUUGAAUUUCGUCAGCCCCUGACUUCUUUCAGAGAUUCUGUGUGGUCACCAUCUUAUAAAACUUCUUGCCAACUGGAGGCCAGAUGUCUGAAGCGUAAAGCAGGGAAUAAAGCAGAAGGAAGUUGUAUGACCUAUGAAAAAGGAGAACCAGAUUUUCAUGGUAGAGAUUUGAAAAGCUCGUCUUCUACAGAUGAAACUGUUGUUCGAUAUUUGAAUGACCGUCCAGCAAUUGAUGCUUUGCAAAGUUCAGAUGUAGUGAAUCCUACAAAAUCAGAGGAAGAAAAAAGUGAAGAGUCCAGAGGAGAUGAUUAUACAAAAACAUCUCCAAGCACAACGAUCCAAAAUGCUGAACUAAAAGAAUUACAAUUGAUAGAAUCUUCAGCUUCUUCUGCCAGUACCUCAAGUGCCCAUAGAUUAGAUAUUUUGAAGCAGCAUCAGCAUGAUGCUAAACUAGAAAAACUGAAAGAACGAAUUAGAAAGCAAUGGGAGUGUCCAGAAGAACUGGCUAUCAGAGGACAUGAUCCUGAAUAUUCUGAUCAUCCUAUAACUGUUACAGCUCCUGAAAAUGUAGUGACUCCUAAAGUCAGAAAAGUGGCAACUGCACCUGCAGCUCCCUCCUAUAAAGGUUUCAAUCCAUCAGAAGCCAAGAUUCGUACUCCUGAUGGAAAGGUAUGGUUUGAAGAGGAAUUUCUGAACCUCAGUAGAGAAUUAUGUCGAGAUUUAGAAUUCCAGUUGGCAGAAGAGGAUUUGACUGUGAUAAAGACACCUACUGAAAGAAAGGAGAAAAAAGGACACAAACCAGUGCGUAAAACCCAGAAGGUUGUACAACUCUCAAGUCCUGAUUCUAAACCAGGUGGUGCUAACACAAUAAGUACAACAUCCUGGCGGAAUGGACAAAGGUUAGCAAAGAAAAUACUGGGUCCAGCACCUAAACUAGAGCAGCCAAACACUCAGACGUUAUCCAGUGACAGAAAUGAAAAAGAUAAAUUCAUUAAAUCUGCAUCCUGCACUGAAAUAACAGAAACUGACUGCAAUAUACAUGUGACUGUAAAACCCCUCUCGAAAUGUGCUGAGCGUUCAUGGAGCAAAAUAAGAGCAAAGAAUAACCUGAAGAAAAAAGAUGCUGUUGCUCACAGUGGGGAACUGGGAAAUGAUCAUGUAAACAAGGAUUUCUUGCCAGUAGAAAUCCGUGGGAUUCUUGAUGAUCUACAGCUGGAUUCUGUUUCUCAGGGUAUAGAGGAGGGGAAUGAAAAAUUUCAGAAUCAAGAAUCAGAACCAUCUCCUUUUUCUAGAAGUCACAGUCCAAGCAAAAAAAAAUCAGACAAAGUUCCCAUCAGUGAAGACACUCAGUUUACUUUAAAGAAACGCCACUAUGAUGCAGAUGAAGUGCGCCAUUAUAUCGUGAAACAGCAAGAGGAGAGGAAGAAGAGACAAAGUGAAGAAAAGAAAGCACAGAAGGAGGCAACAGAGCAAAAAAAUAAAAGACUUCAGGACCUUUACAAGAAACAGAAAGAAGCUGUUGCCAAUAAAACAAAGACAACAUCAACAUCUGAAACAGUCACUAAACAAUUACAAGAAACUUAUUCUAAAUUGUUAUCAGAACAAACCUUGCUGGAGAAUCCUGCACCCUCUGUACAAGAAGUUCAGGCCAACCCUGGAUAUCAACCAUCUGGAGAAUCUGACAAAGAGAACAAGGCUCAGGAGCGCCCUGUAAGUGCAUCAUCCAGUAGCGAUAUGUCUCUCUCUGAGCCUCCUCGUCCUCUUGUUAGGGGUAAUACAUUGGAGCCAUUAAGGAUUCAUCCAGAGAAGCUGAGUUCAAUAACCCAGGUUCCUUGCUCAACGUCUGCUGUUUUGAAUGGAGCUCUUUUCUCUCAACUUUUGUCUUUGGAUCACAUGGGUCUCUUGCAAAAGGACUUUGAAUCUGUAUCAUCAACCAGGAGGAGCCACAACACAGCUGUGGGAUCCAUGACUUCGGCUCCUCAGCCAUUUAUGUCAUCUACUGUACAACCCACCAUUAAUCAUUAUAAAAAUAAAUUGGACCGUAUUGAAGCCCUAAAGGCAACUGCAGCCUCUCUUUCAAACAGAAUUGAAAGUGAAGCCAAGAAAUUAGCUGGGGCUGGCAUUAACUAUGAAGCAGCAUGGGAUACUGAACGUGACUUGUUGCAAGGAGAUCAAGGUGAUACCUGCUGGGCAAAAGCCAGCAGCCCUCCUGUGAGAGAAGAUGAUGUCUUUUCAGCUAGGCUUCAGAAAAUGUUGGGAACCUGCAUUUCACAUACAAGUUUUGAUGAUAACCUUCCUGGAGUGGGAAAUCUUAAUGAGUUUAAAAAGCUCCCAGAGACUAUUAGUCCUCAUACAGCUGCUCUUAGUCUUCCAGGCAAUAGUAGACCUGAAGGAAUAUUAGGAAAUCUGCCUCAAAAGCAAACAUGCUCUGCUGGGCCUGAAAAUAAACCUGCAGUUCUGCAUGAUAGUGUGGGUUCCAUAAGUGAAGGUUUACUCAGUGAUGGCCUUCUCUCUGAGGAAGAAGGUGAAAAGCAUGAUAAUCCAGCUUUGAAGAUUGCUGAGGUAUUAAAUGAAAAAGAGUUCUGUGUUGCAGAUAAAACUGGUUAUGAACCCAUAAAAGAAUUUCAGAAGGAGGCAGAGAAUUAUUUACCUAUUUUCACACAGAUUAGGAAUUGUCCAAGACCAUGGGAAGAACUCUCCAAGGGGAGUCCGCAUAGCGUCAUCAACAUCUUUACAAAAUCUUACCAGUUGUGUGGGAAAGGAUCUGAAGAAUAUGCAGGCCAGGGAUCAUCAACACAGCGACCUUUACUUCCGGUCAUGAGCCCUCCAGCUAGCAUUGCUUCCUAUGAUGAUGAUUUCAUCUCAUCACAGGGAAGUAGUACAACAAUGGACAAAAAGCCUACACCUGAACACAACACCACAAGCAGCAUCAGCCUGAAAGAAGAACUUGCCAGUAGAAAAUCACCUUAUGAGCACCAAACUAUUGGAUUAACCCAUCAUUCCUCAGGACCGCCAUCUUCAGGUUCGUCUCGUCCAUCUGCUUCUUCUAAAAGAAAAGGAAGAAAAGAAAAGCCAGAAUCAUUAAAUGGAUUUCCAAAUGCCUCUCUGUGGGAAGAAAGCAAAGUGUCCCCAGGAUCAGACUAUGGUUUGGAACAAGCAAAGCACUUCUUAUCUAAUAAUGCAAUAUCUAACAGAGAACAAGAAGUGAACCUAGAUUCUGACAGUACCUUAGAGGAACUAUCUGGUCACUCAUUAAUGAGUCUUCCAGAUAAAGUAAAAUCACCAAGAACUACAAGCUCUCCUCAGUCUCCAAACAUACAGAAAAAAAUUGAUCCUGUAGCAAAUACAGUAGAAAAAAAUAGGUCUUUAAAUUCUUCAAGAACAGUAGCUUCUGGAUCUAAGCUGAAUCCUGCCUUCUCUGACUUAAAUAUUGGGAUCAACAGGACUGGAGCCAACAAUCUGAAUGGCUCCAUGCGCUUCUCACCUGCUGGUCUCCAGCAUCGUAUGUCUGCAGAACUUAAUUAUCUAAGCACCAUUGAAGAGUCGGUACACCAAAUCUCUGAUAUAGAACGUGUACGGGGGGUAUCACUUGCGCAGCAGGAAAGUGUUUCUCUGGCUCUAAUAUUGAAGACUCAGCAGCAAAGACAUGAGAGGGACUUGGCUCUUCUAAAGCUCAAGGUAGAACAAGAGGUUUUGGAAAAUCAAAGGAAUCUGGAAGAGGCAAGACAAAAAGCAGCUCAGGCCGAUGCAGAAUCAUUACAUCAUUUGGCACAAUCACAGCAGGAGGUAGCUGAGGCUCUACAGGGGACCGCAUCUAAGAUUGCAACUCAUCAGCUGGAGACAGCUCUGCUGACUACAGAUGCUGCUCGUCAGAUACGUGAAGUGACGGAACUUGCACGUUUCCAAAUCUCUGAUGCAAUUGGUACUACUGCAGCUCCAAUUACUAAAUUAUUUGACCAAGAAAGGAAGCACCAUUCGCCAUUCAUAAAGCAAUUAAAGCUUCACAAUAUGAACAGGAAAGCAGAUUCAGUCAUCACCCCACCAGGUAAAGAGGAGACAAGUGACUCAAAGCAUCAUUAUUUGCAUACGUUUGAUAGUUAUUCAGAAUCAUCAGGAUCAAAGGCACGUGAACAGAGUAGUAGCAGCAGUCCUCAAGAAAGUCCAUCUUCCAAGGAGACCAAGAAACGUUCUCAUCAUGAAAAGCCAAGCAGCUCCAUCGAGGAGGAAGUACCCAUGGCAGUGAAUAAUUCACUGCAGAAUAACAGUAUCCCAUCCAUUCCUGAUGAGAGAGAUUCUACCUCUAUUGCAACAGAAUAUUCCCUGAAAUUUGAUGAAUCCAUGACAGAAGGUGACAUUGAAGAACAAUCAUUCCGGUCUUUGUUGCCUUCUGAGAGCCACCGCCGGAUCAAUUUGAAGAAACGAGAUCACCAGGUUUAUUCUGAUGAGGAAGCUUCUCCUGGAAAGCCUACCCUGUCACCUAUUAAGGAGCUAAACCUGCCAUUUUCAGGAGGACAGGACAGUUUUUCUAAAUUUACAAUGGAAAUGGUACGGCAGUACAUGAGAGAAGAAGAAAUGCGAGCAGCUCACCAGUCUUCACUGCUCCGACUACGUGAAAAAGCACUUAAAGAGAAAGCUAAGGCUGAACUAGCUUGGCUAGAACAUCAGAAAAGACAUUUACGAGAUAAAGGGGAAGAUGAUAAAAUGCCACCUAUCCGAAAAAGACAACGUGGCCUGCUUCUUAAGCUUCAGCAGGAGAAGGCAGAAAUUAAGCGCCUUCAGGAAGCUAACAAGGCAGCUCGGAAGGAGAGGCAACUGAUCCUUAAACAGCAGGAAGAAAUUGAGCGGAUACGCCAAACCACUAUGAAAUUACAGGAAAAACUCAAGUCUGCAGGAGAAAAUAAGGAACACCGCAGUGAAGAUGAUAAAAAACAAGCACAUUCUUCAAGCCCUCUGCCAACUGAUGCAGAGGCCUCUAGCCCUUCCUCCAUUUCCAGCUCUGAGACAAGUAGCAUCAUGCAGAAAUUAAAGAAAAUGCGGAGACGAAUGGAUGAGAAACACUGCUCUCCUGUCCACUACUUCUUCUCUGUCUUUACGUCUCACCACUGGGCUUCUCUCAGUGUCUGUUUUCCCAACCUCCAUCCCAAAUUCCAGCUGUAUAUCUACAACCAAUUGGUCAGGUUCUUGACUAAGCGAGAGCAAAAACUGAUGCAGCGGCGUCAGCAUGCUGAGGAACUGCUGCAGUGGAAGCGACGUUUAGAUGCAGAAGAAGCAGAGAUACGUCUGAUAGAAAAGCAGGCGUUAGCUGCUUGGGAAAAAGAGCUGCAUAAAACAAAAGCAACUAAAAAAGGAGCGGGAGAUCAGAAAUCUGAUCAAAAAGAGACAGCCAGCGAAGAAGACUCUUCAGCACCACCCUGUUCUCGUCUAAACAGCGAAAGCUCUAUCCCAGAAGAAUUGAGCCAUCUAGUUGCUGAGUCCGUUCCAUCAAAGGUUUCUGAAGAUCAAGGAAAGCGUGGAAGCCUAGAUCACACACUAACUGAAGAUAUGGUUUAUACACAAGAACUAGAAUCUGUUGCUUCCCCUGGAAAACGUUCUCCUUGCAAAAGUAAUGCAUCUCUAUCAAAGCAAGAGUCUAGCAAAGAAGUGCAGAGGUCUGGAGGAAAGCAACUGUCCUCUACAAAAUCUCAGGAUAUCUCCUAUAGUUGGUCUGAUGAGUCUUUAUCCAUGACCCAGUCAGAAACUACAUCUGAUCAAAGUGACAUUGAAAGUCGAAUCUGGGCUCUGAAAGAUGAAUUACGGAAAAGAAAGUCUGUUGUUUAUCAGCUGAAAAAAGAACAGAAGAAGAGGCACAAAGAGAGACUUAAAGCUCAAGAGGCAAGUUUGAUCAAACAGUUAGAGACUUACGAUGAAUUCAUCAAGAAAACAGAAGAAGAAUUGAAUCGGGAUUUGGAUGCAGCGCCCACAGCUAAACCUCAAAUCAAAACUCUGUCCUCAGCUACUGAGAAACCAAAGAUCAAGCCACCACCACUUCCUAGGUCUGAAACAUCCAAAAGUUGGAAAUCAGUCACUGAUUCUGAACGUUCUAGAGGAUCUUUGGAAUCCAUUGCAGAACAUGUUGAUGCUGUGUCUCAUUCUAAACAAUCUAUGUCUGCAAACACAAAGAAAUUCACUGAAGCAGAGAUUCAGGCAGAGCAGCAAUCUCAAACACCAUCCACAGUCCUCAAAACUCUAAGAAAAUCUACAGCAGAAUCCGAUGAUUCGUACAGCAUACUCUCAUCAGCUGUUCCUAAAGACUUAGGAAACACAAGCAGAAUAUCUCCCAUAUCAGUGAACAGGUCUGAAGAUGCAGUGAGUUAUGAUCCUCCUCUUUCCACUAACAGAUCUAUGAUGCAAGAAUCUGUAAAAUCAAAACAAUUAGAGGCUGAAAUAGCUAACAGAGCUUCUGAAAUAUCUGAUGCCUCAGUUUUUGACUUAAACCAAAAUAAUUCAACUUCAGCUUCUUUAAAGACAGAUGUCCCUCCAGAGACUGAACUGUUGAAAAAGAAUCAAUUUGUCUUAGAAUGCAUAAGUGUGCAGGAAAUCAAAGAGAUGCCAAGUGAAAGAUUCAAGGAUGAUGAAAGUAUUAUAUCAGUUAAAUCGUCUGAUAGGCUGAGCAAGGAUACACUGAAAGGUGAUUCCCUGGUUUCAGAACAGAGUUCCAUUUGCAAAGUGCCAUCAUAUUCUAAUGAUUUUGAAGAAUCUUCCUUAAGAAAAGAUGUAUCAAAAAAUGAGAUAGUUCUUACUGAAUAUUACAAAGAUAUUUUUGAUGCAUCUGCAUUAUCUUUCAGACAAGAUACAAGGUCGCAGGGAGAGAAAUCUUUGUAUGCAAGAGCUUCUAGGAGUAGAUCUCCUAGUUUUGGAAGUGAUGAUGAAAUAAGUGAAUGUCUCAGUGAAAAAUCUUUGUCUGUGGCUGGUAGCAUUCAUUCGGAGAGAUUGUUAGAACUCAAAUCACCAACAGAAUUUGUGAAAAAUAAAGAGUGUGGUGAUGUGGAGAAAGAACCAGCUGAUGAUGAUUCAUCAGCUUGGGCUUCCAGUUUCAAGGCAUCAUCAGAAAAACAAGAAGAUAUUUUGCUAGGUUUCAGCAUUGGUGACAGAGUUCUUGUGAGUAAUGUCCAGCCUGGAACACUGAGAUUUAAAGGUCUGACAAAUUUUGCUAAAGGCUUGUGGGCUGGUGUAGAGCUGGACAAGCCUGAAGGAAACAAUGAUGGCUCUUACAAUGGUAUUCAAUAUUUCGAUUGUAAAGAAAAACAUGGUAUUUUUGCUCCUCCACAAAAAAUAUCUCUUAUUUCAGAAAGUUUUGGCAAUGACAUGGAUACAAAUGAAAAUUCGUUCUUUAAGCAUAAACUAGAUAAUCAGUACAAAACAAAUCAGAAAGGCCCAGACAGUCUUGAAGAAGAAAAGCAUAAGGAAAGAAAUUCAAAUGAGAAAUCUCCAAGAAAAUCAUCUGCUUUAGAGAGCUCAGUUGGAGCUGGAGGUUAUGUAAAACUUACUGACCAAAAGGGCUGUGUGGCAGCAGUUAUUAGUAGUGUUGAAGAGUUUGAUCAAGAAACCAGUGUUUCUGACUCUCCCAAAUCCUCUAUAAAUGAUAAUGGAAUGUUAUCUACUGCCGUUUCUAAUAUCCACAAAGAAGAUUCUGUUAUUGUAGUAGGAGGGAUUUUGGACAGCAGCUUUCCUGAGAAAUGGAAGAAGCAGCCUGUUUGGCAGGAGCAAACAGAAAAGUCAAAUAGUCUUUCUCCCAGUAACUUGGAGAAGUCUGCAACGCCACUUCUGGACUUGUUGACAAAAGAAAGAAGCCAACUGGAAGCACAACUUAAAGUCCCAUCCCAAGAGAAGGAAGAUCUACUAGAUCGACAGGAAAGGGUGGGCUUGUUGGCUGACAGUCUCCUGCAGGGUUUUGUGAAAGACACAGUCAGUCAAUUUCAACAAAUCAAGAAGGCAAGAAAUGAGAAGAUCCAUUUUAGCAAUCAAGAACUCAGUGCUGUCCAAGAAAAGAAGUCAGCUAAUGAACAGCAGAAGUUUUUAGUUGUGUCUGAAUUGGAUGAUGGAGAAGAAGUGUCUUCUCCAGAUAUGUGUCCCAGGCCCGAAAGUCCUGUGUUUGGUGCCAGUGGACAGGAAGAACUUGCCAAGAGGCUAGCAGAACUGGAGCUUAGCCGGGAGUUUCUGAGUGUGCUAGGAGAUGACCAGGAUUGGUUUGAUGAGGAUUUUGGCUUGAGUUCACACAAGCUUCCUCAAACACAAGCUGAAGAAUCAGCAGUAUUACCUAAGAUAGAACUGCCAAAAGUGUCCCCAAAGCCAUGCGAAGAACCCUUGGCUGUACCAUAUACUGCAGAAGAGUUGGAGAAGUUGGUGCAUGCAGCAACUGAGAAGCUAUGGAAAUGCAAAGAGUUGGGGCAUGAUCUUCAGGCUCUCAGCCUUCUCAGAGACAUGCAUGAACCCCCCAAAGAUGAUGACACUGAAACUGUUAGUAAACACAUCUACAAACAGGCUGUGUUUGAUUUAACAAGAGAGAUUUUUGGAGAAAUCUUUGCAGAAGAUCCAAAUUUGAAUCAGCCCUUAUGGAUGAAACCCAGCAGGAUCAUUUCUGGUUACUUCCGACGAGUAAAAGAUCCAAAUGAUCUUGAAGAAAUAAAAGUUUUCAUAACAACUGAGGUUCUAAAGCUCCUAAAUUUGAGAAAGGAGUCAAACAAUAAAACAGACUGGCAGAAAAUGAUGAAAUUUGGACGCAAAAAAAGAGAUAGAGUGGAUCACAUACUGGUGCAAGAAUUGCAUGAGGAAGAGGCUCAGUGGGUGAAUUAUGAUGAAGAUGAGCUAUAUGUGAAGAUGCAACUAGCAGAUGGGAUUUUUGAGGCCUUAAUUAGAGAGACUAUUGAUCUCCUCAAUCAGAUCACUGAAAAACAGAAGCUGUUGCUUGUGUAACAUCAAACUAUAUUUUUCUCAAAAUGAUGCUGUUACCAGAGUACAAUAUGAUCUUUAAAUUGGCUGAGAAGUGAUAGAACAUCUCCUCUUCCUGUGCUGCCUUGGAUCUCCUACACUGAAUUUGUUUCAAAAAGGCUCCCACUCCCCCAAUGUGCUUUUGCCAAUUCAGUAUGUACAAUCAUAGUUGGCACUUGUUGUUUUGAUAUGGCAGUUUGUAAAUGGUUGGGUUGGAGCACCAAGUACCCAAUGAUGGAAACACAAGUUAUUAGUAAACGUUCUUCGUUUUAAUAACUGCUGUUCUAGUUUGUUUUAAGUGUAAUUUACAAUUCUGUUAAUGGGCGUAACAAUUUAUAUGUCAGUCCAAACAAACAUUUACCCUCUUAUGUAAUUUCCAUCUGUCUGUCUCACUGUGGACUUACUGUCAUUGGAUUUAUGCAUGGGGAUCUGAGGAGUCAUGUUCCCUUUCUUCAGCUAAAUUUUUAUUUUCACUGCUUAGAAGAUUAAUCUGGGCUAAUUUUUCUAUUUUUCCACUAUAUUUGUUUUUCCUCAGUGAACCACCAGCUGCUCCUAAGUAAAUGGUACUCAGGAUUCUCUCAGGAUUUUGAUAUGUGAGAGUUAGGAACAAAUGCUUACUUAAUGUAGGCCAUUGAUCCCUUUGAUUCCUCCCUUGCUGACCACCUUACUGUAAUGUACUGGUGAAACCAUUACUUGAACUAGCUAGGGUUAGGAGUGUAUGUACCAAAGAGAGUGAUACUCAGUGUUUAACUCUGGACCUGUUUUUUUUUAUGUGUGUGACAUUUCUUCUAACUUAUUUUAUAACUCCUAAGAAAUAAAUGUCUAGUGCUAUAUGAUUGCACCGUUAUAGGAUUUAAAACAUCAGAAUGUCUGUACACUAGGAAUGCAUCUGUCUCAUAAAAAAGGAGAAUCACACUGUGUGCAAGCAAUCCAUCUGAAAGAGACAGGAAUCUACAAAGAUCCAAAUGCAUGUUUUUCAUUGUGGGGUAGAAACAGAUUGUGAAGAGGCAUAUGUUUUAUCAAACUAAUGUACCUGGAAAGGGAAAUAGGAUGUCUAAAGCCCUUCUGCCAAGAUUUCCAUGACUGUUAGGGUGGGGCCACUAUCAAACACAGUGUGGAUCAUACUGCCUCCAUUCCUCCCCCACUCCCCCAAACUUUUCUCCAGGGAAAACAAGGUAAUGUAGGCUUGACUACUGAUGCCUUAAUUUGAAAUCUGGAUUACUUGAGGAAUCAAAAUCUGUUAAUCUAUCCCAGCAGAGACCGCAUUCCAAAGCAUAGGAGAAGGCACCCCAAAGACACUAUGCACUAAUUUAUGCCCUUUUCCCUUUCAUCUUUAGUUUCUUGGUCUUCCAGUUAAGCAUACGUCUGCCAGUACUGUCUUGUUGAUCUCUUUUGAAACGUUUUAUGAUUUAUUUGCUGUUUGCACAGUAACCCACAACCAAGAUAGCUCCUUUUCACCAGAAAAUAUACAAGAAAAUUGUUGGCAUACAAUCAGAAAUUCUCAUAUGUGGAUCGACAGAAUCACAUUUGUAAAUUUGGAAUGAUUAAUUAUACCUGUAAGGGCUAAAGGAACAAAACGACAGUGACAAUAACCAGCACACAUAUGUACUAGCAUUUAAGUGCCAACCUUAAAUCUGGUGGAGCAAGCUGCUAUGAGUUAAGUGUCUCUUCAUACUGAACCUCAGAAUGUUCUUAACGCAUGUUUAAUCCCUAAGCAAAGUUGCUGAGUUUUUUUGUUUGUUUGUUUUUGAACAAAUGAGGCCAUUUUCUAACCGUGUUAGGUUUUACCAUUUUGGGGACAGCCAUGUCUUUUUGCCCACAUAGAUAAAUUAUGAGAAUCAAGGGAAUAUCCAAACAAAGGGGUGGGGAAAAUCACCAACCAAACUGAUAGCGAUAUUGAUGAAAUAGAAUAUUGGCAUGCCCGAGGUUACUAAAACAAUAGUAUUAGUAUUAAUUAUAAGCAAUCAGGAUAUUGCUUAUCUCAAAAGUAGUUGCUGUGAUCCAUGGUGGUGCAAAAGCUUCACUGCAACCAAACCUGGAGUAAAGGGGCUGAUAUAUGGUAUAGAUUUAAAUUGAGAGAACCGUGGCUGUUAUAGCAUUCUUUGCGAGGCAAUGGUUGCUUGGACAUGAAUCUAGGAACAGGGUAGCCACAUCUUUUGGUGUUGAGGAAUGGUCUUCAAUGUUGCCUCACCAGCUCCAUAUACCAGAAAGGGCAAUCCAUUCAGGCCUUUUAUGGCAUUUUUAUUCUGUCCCACAACUGUAUGUAGCAGGUUCUGGGAAUUCACUUUAGCCUUAAAGAUGCCUCUGAAUGCUUACUACUGGUAUCAUGCAUCCCAACUAAGUUCCAGCUGAAUUAAUCUAACAGCUGAACUGCCUGUUACCAGAGCCCUACAAUUUCUGGUAUGGUGUAGGCCCUCAAGGGCUGUUACACUGGGAUUCUUGAGAAGGAAAUUCCUUUUUGGCUCAAGUGCAACCACCUAAUCUCGCAGCUGAAGAGACUGGGUGAAGAGGGCACGGGAAAAAUAAAAGGAGAAAGCGAUUGGGGGGAAAUGAAUGGCUACUUGCCUUAAAUAGCUGUUCUGGGCAACCCUCUUUUGCUCAAUGGGCUAACACAUUCAUGAUGCAUUUCUGUUCCCCAAAUCCUCUUUCUGCCUGCAUCCAUGGUGGCCCCAUAUAUCUACUCUGGAGAACACACCUGAAAACAUUUUGUGAGAUUCACUAGAAUACCUUAGCUCACUUUGAGAGAUCCCAUGUGUGUAUAAAUAUAUAACACAUGCUAUUGUCACCCACAGAUUCAUGAAUUCCUAUAUCAAUGUCAUUUUCCAAAUUCUUUUUUAUUUGCAUGCAAAUAUAGGCAUGACCACUGUAUAUACUAAAUGUGAAAGUGAAUUUUAGCAUAGUGUCCAGUGGAUUCUUUGGAAGGUAGUCUUUUUUCCAUCACCAUUCUGGACUUAAAGCAGCACAGAGGAGUUCAAUUAUGACAAAGAACUGCUAUUGUUUUGGAGAGUAUAUCCUGAAUACAUUGAAAUUAUAUUGUGCCAGCCAUCAGAAUUCACCUUGGAGAAAAAUGCUGACAAUUUUGAGUCUAAAAGGAAGCAAUAUAUAGCACAGCUAGAAAGUAUGGUCUCUGUUGGUGCUGUUCUAUUCUGUAUUAAAGAAAGGAAUUAUUGAGGAAAAUUGCAAACCCCAAAAUAUGUGCAGAUAUAAAGAGCAACAAUCCUUGGGGAACUGUUCCUGAUCUAUAGAUUUAAGAUAAAUUCCUAAAGCUUUCCUGUUAAAGCUGAAUUUAAAUGUAAAAGCAUCACCAAGAAUGCCAUUGUAUGUGCUCUUGUAUAAUUACCAUUUAUUUCAAAGGAGGCUUGAAUAGGAAAGUGGUUCCAUGGAUUGUAGCGGUAGCCUUUUCAAUGCUCCAGUCUUUCAGAAAAUUUAACAGCAAGGUUUUGUGGCCUGUUUGGCUAGGGGGAGGAGGACAAAUGGAUGAUCUUCAAAAACGUGGCCUUAGCAUUUUUGCAAUACUUGAAUAAAAGUGUAUAUUCACUAAAGAAAUUCCAUAGCACAGCAUUCAGAGACCUUUGAAGUCACUGCACAGUAAAGCCUUUUUUUUUAGUCACAUUUGCUACUUAAUCAGAGUUGACUGAACGUUCCAGCAGCAAAAACAGUUUUGACAGUUGUAAAGUAAUUAUUUGUAAAUUGUACAUUGUCAAUAUAAAGAGGCAAAACUCAUCUGAACUAAUUUGAAAUCUAAUGGAGAAAACAAAAGGAGUGAAAAACUAUACAUUGUAACACAUUGGAGUAAAUAAAAGUUUUGGGAGAGCUUUUGCUGUACAUUUGCAGAGUUGUCUUGGGGGAACUAUUCUUCCUUGCAUACUGUACUGUGCAGAUACUCAACUGCUCCUGCCUAUGUGCUUAUGGAAAUAACAUACUCACAUAGGUUUCCAGGCCAAUUUCAGCCAAUGUACGCACUUUUUUGUGUAGUACGGCUUGGUAGAAUACAGGGUGUUAAGGUUCUUGUAAUUUUGAAAUGUAAAAUAAACCAGGAUAGUCUCUGUGUACACCAAUGUAAAUACCUUUGUUAUUUUGAGAUGUACUUUAAGAGAAUAAAGUCUGUAAAUAAAGUGAUUUAUAAA